AUGGAGCCCCUGAAGGAGAAAUCCUCCGGUGUAGCCCUCGACCCCGGCACCCCCCAUGGCCAGCUCAUAGCCAUCGGCGGCUCCAUCGGCACUGCCCUGUUCAUCACCAUUGGAAACGGCCUGGCUGCUGGCGGCCCCGCCAGCCUGCUCAUCGCGUAUGUUGUAUACUGCUUCGUGCUUGGCUGCAUCAAUAACUGUAUCGCCGAGAUGACCGUCCUGCAUCCUGUCUCUGGAGGGUUUAUCCGCCUCGCGGGGAACUGGGUCGACGACGCACUCGGCUUUAUGGUCGGCUGGAACUUCUUCAUCUACGAGGCGCUCAUGGUGCCGUUUGAGAUCACGGCCAUUAAUCUGACGCUGGGGUACUGGAGAGAUGACAUUCCUGUUGCCGCAGUACUGAUUAAUAUUCUCGCCGUCUCUGCCUUUGGCGAGGCCGAGUUCUGGCUGUCCACAGGAAAGGUCUUCUUGAUAUUCAUCCUGUUCUUCUUUACGUUUGUCACCAUGGUCGGUGGAAACCCUCAGCACGACGCCUAUGGCUUCCGGCAUUGGAACACCCCAGGCCCCUUUGCUGCAUCGCGUACUGAAGGCGAUCUCGGCCGCUUUGAGGGCUUCCUCGCCUGCGUCUGGUCUGCUGCCUUUUGCAUCGUUGGCCCCGAGUACAUCUCCAUGGCCGCCGCCGAAGCAAAGCACCCACGCAUCUAUAUUAAAGCCGCCUUCAAGACCAUCUACUGGCGCUUCAUCCUCUUCUUCGUCAUGGGCGCCCUCUGCGUCGGCAUCGUUGUCCCCUGGGACAACCCAACCCUGCAAGCCAUCCUCAACGGCGAGAGCAACAAGUCCGGCGCCGGCGCAUCCCCCUACAUCAUCGCCAUGUCCAACCUAGGCAUCGGCGUGCUCCCACAUAUCGUCAACGCCCUCCUCGUCAGCUGCAUCUUCUCCGCGGGCAAUACGCUGACAUACUGCGCCACCCGCUCCCUCUACAGUCUCGCCCUCGACGGCCGCGCCCCCAAGAUCCUCACAAAGACCCGCCGCGGCGUCCCCGUCGUCGCCUUCGCUGUCGUCAUGUGUUUCCCCUUUCUCUCCUUCCUGCAGAUGUCCGAGAACUCCUCGCAGGUCCUCACCUGGCUCGUCUCGCUCGUUACCGCCGGUGCACUGAUCGACUACCUCGUCAUCUGCAUCACAUACCUGCGCUUCUACGGCGCCUGCAAGGAGCAGGGACUAGACCGGAGCACACUCCCCUACAAGGGCUAUUUCCAGCCCUACAGCGCUUACAUAGGCAUAUUCGCCAUGGUACUCAUCCUGCUGUUCUACGGAUACACAGCCUUUGCGCCGUGGAGCGUGGAGGGCUUCUUCCAGAACUACACGAUGCAGAUUGUAGCGCCGAUUCUGUAUUUCGGGUGGAAGCUGAUCAAGCGGACGAAGAUUCGGAGUCUCAAGGAUGUGGAUCUGGUUUGGACGAGGCCGGUUGUUGAUGCUUAUGAGGCGACGACGACGGAGAAGCCUGUGGGCUUUUGGACGGAGAUUCUGCAGGCGGUUUAUUUGAAGAAGAAGGAUAGGAGUCAGAGGGAGAUUGUGGAUGCUUGA